ACAGCACAGCACAACCACACUGAUUCAUACAGCCAGCUAGAGAGCAAGCUUAGCCAACCACUCACUCGGGCCAUGAUGAGCGGCGGCAGGAUGAACGCGGCGGCGAGCGACGACUUCCCCUUCGCGGCAAUGCAGCCGCCGCCCUACGUCGGCUUCGAGCACGCCGGCGGAGGAGGCCAGCGACACCAGGGCGCGAUGAUGUACGACAACUUCGACUUCGCGGCGGCCGCGGACGCCUUCGGCCAGUUCCAGGACGCGCCGCACCACCAGAUGCUGGCGCUGCCGCCCAGCGGCAACGGCGCCGGCGGGCUGGUCCCCAUGGCGCCGCCGCCCAUGCCCGGGAUGCAGCUGCAGAUGCCGCCCAUGGCUAUGCACGGGCACGGCGACGUGUACCCGGCGAUGGGGAUGGUGAAGCGCGAGGGGGACGCGGGGAGAAUCGGGCUGAACCUCGGCCGGCGGACCUACUUCUCCCCCGGCGACAUGAUGGCCGUGGACCGGGUGCUCAUGCGGUCCCGUCUCGGCGGCGUGUUCGGGCUGGGAUUCGGGCGCGGCCACCACCAGGCGCCUCGGUGCCAGGUGGAGGACUGCAGGGCGGACCUCUCCGGCGCCAAGCACUACCACCGGCGCCACAAGGUGUGCGAGUACCACGCCAAGGCCUCCCUCGUCUCCGCCGCCGGCAAGCAGCAGCGCUUCUGCCAGCAAUGCAGCAGGUUCCACGUGCUCACGGAGUUCGACGAGGCCAAGAGGAGCUGCCGGAGGCGGCUCGCAGAGCACAACCGUCGCCGGAGGAAGCCGGCGGCCGGCAGCACGGCGGCGUCGUCCAAGGAUUCGGCUCCGCCUUCCAAGAAACCCAACGCCGGCGCCAUCUCCAGUUCCUACACCGCCGACAACAACACUUUGAGCACGACGAAGUCGACCAUCUCUUCCAACACCAGCGCGAUCAGCUGCCUCCAGCAGGGCCAGGCCGGAGCGGUAGCGCCGACGAGGCCGACGACGCUCACCCUGGGCGCGUCGCCGGAGAAUGACGACCACCAGCAGCAGCUCCACCACCAUCAGGAGCAGCAGCAUUUCAUCACCUCCCUCCUGCACAACAACAUCAAUAACAGCAACAUCCUGUCGUGCUCCUCGGUGAGCUCCAGCACGAUGCCAUCGGCGGCGGCGGCCAACGGCGAGGUCUCCGACCAGAACAACGACAACGCCAACAACAACAUGCAUAUGUUUGAGGUUGACUUUAUGUAGAUGUUGGAUCUUGAGCAUUUGGCUUAACAUAAUUAUGAUCUAACCACAGUUAGAACACCACAUUAGAUUGUAAGCGGAAGUGUUUUGUUUUCACCAGUUACAUGGCGAGGUCGAGUGCAUGCUUUGGUGUAUUGGGCCUAAACAGCAACAAAGCAUUGUACUAAUUGUCACCCUUAGUACCUCAAUUUGUAGUGGACUUUGAGAUA